CGAGCCGCUGCUUGCCUCGCGUGACCGCGGCAGGUUGGUCCCGGAGCCGAAGAGCGCUGGAUAUUUAGGCGCGGGCGCGAGGCGGGGGGGCGCGCGGGCCGGAGGAGUUCCUCGGCCAAGACAGUUAUGCAUGCGUUAGGGCACCUCUGACAGAAUGGCCGUGGAAGCUCUCCACUGCGGACUGAGUCCACGGGGCAUCGAUCACCCUGCCCAUGCCGAAGGGAUUCAACUACCGAUUGAAAGCGAAGGUGCGGAAUCUCAAUCCAUUAAGAACAAAAAUUUCCAGAAGGUGCCUGAUCAGAAAGGAACUCCCAGGCGACUGCAGGGCGAGGCCGAGACUGCCAAGUCAGCUACAGUGAAGCUGUCUAAACCCGUGGCUCUGUGGACCCAGCAGGAUGUCUGCAAGUGGUUGAAGAAGCACUGCCCAAAUCAGUAUCAGAUCUACAGUGAGUCAUUCCGGCAGCACGACAUAACUGGGCGAGCCCUGCUGAGACUCACAGACAAAAAGCUGGAGCGCAUGGGGAUCGCCCAGGAGAACCUCCGACAGCACAUCUUGCAACAGGUGCUCCAGCUGAAGGUGCGAGAGGAGGUCAGAAACCUGCAGUUACUCACACAAGGAAAUUCAGAAAGUUGCACAUGAAGCUAAACCAAGCUGCACCUGGGGCAGGAGAGAAGGCGGACAGAGAGAGGAUGGACAUCCCACGUGUCUCUCUGUGUUGUGAAACAUGAGUGUGUUAACUAUUUAAAAGAAUAAAAAUGUUAAAAACAAACACGAAGAAGAAAGACUGAAUUUUAACACCAGAUAGGCUAGAAUUGUACAUUCUGGCCCUAACAUGCAUUGUGUUGUUACUUCAGGGAGAUUACUUAAUCUGUCUCUGUCCUAACUUUCUAAUCUCUGAGAUGGAGAUCAAUAUUUCUGUUCCACGAGUAGAGAUGAAUGAGAAUUUAAGGAGCUAAAAUAUACAUAUCAAUCAGUGCAGAGUGACAGUGACACAUAAUAUACUUAGCUAUGUGAAUCACGUAUUCAAAUCAAACUCAUUAAUUUAUAACAAGCCUAUCUUUAGCAUCUCUAUUGAGAUAUGGUCACAUGCACAUAAUUGAAUCAUUGAAUGUGUACAAUUCAAUGAUUUUUACUAUGUUUACAAUUUUGCAACUAAUCCAGUAAUUAAUUUUAAAACAUUUCGUCAAGAAGAAACCCCAUGUUAUUAACAGCCCCCAUGUCCUUCCAAGACCUCCAACCAACCCUUCCUUGAGAGGUUAAAUCUUUUCUGUUGUUUCCUAUGAAUGUAACCCUACAGCAUAUAACCUUUUGUGAUAGGCUUUCACCUGUGAUGUCUUCAAGGCUUGCCCAUGAUGUAAAUGUCAGUACCUGACUUCUGUUUGUUGCUGAAUAUCCAUUUUUUGCGUACACCAUAUUUUAUUAAUGCAUUUAGAUUGUCUCUAAAAUUUGACCAUUACUGGUAAUGCCGCUUUGAACAUUCAUGUGCACAUUUCUGUGUGAAUGCAUUGGGAUUUCUCUAGGCAUGGGCCUAGGAGGGGAAUUGCUGCUGCAUAGAGUAAGUCCGUGGCUAACGAAGCUGGAGAGACUUCCUGUCACGCUCCCACCAGCAGAGCUGGGAGAGUUCCCAUCCCUCCACACCUUCACCAGUUCAUGCUGUUGCCUGUCAUAAAGCCAUCUUGGUACAUGUGAAAUAUUUCAGGGUGGUUUUGAUUUGUUUUACUCUUGUGGCUAAUAGUACCUCUUCAUGUAUAUACUGGAGAUUGUUUUGGUUUAUCUUCUUUACGAAAAAUGUCUAAGUCAGAUCUUUUGCUCAUUUUUAAUAGGAGUAUUAAUUAAACUUUAUUUCAGUUUAGUUACUGCCUGGGAGUUGAACCCCUUAGCCAUGUUAUGUGAGUCCUUUACCACUCAGCCACACCUCCAAACCCUGAGCUAUUUUUUAUGUAUCCUGUUCAUAUUUUUGAGAUGGGUUCUUGCUGUUCCCAGGCCACACUGGCACUCAUGAGUCUCCCACUUUAGCUUCAUGAGUAACAAAGAUUACAGGUGUCCACCACAAUAGGGGGGGGGGGAGCCUUAUUUACCAUGCCCAAUUACUUGCCUUAUUUACAAGAGUUAAAUAUUUUGUUGCUGUUUCCAAAGAAGAAACCCACCUGCUAAGGAUGAAAUCUUGCUCCUUUGAAGACACUCAAAAGAACCUGCCUCAAAUUUAAAUAUCAAUGACAAAGUGAAGCAACUGAAUAUACUCUAAAGAUUCUCUAGGAAGCAGCUUCCUUUUGGGUGUAGAAAUUAUAAACACACACAUUAAAUCGUAUGCAACUGCAAGCUCGUUCUGUAGUAUUGUAGGGGAAAUAAUAUAAUCGAGAAUUAAUCCUAUUUUUCCAUGAUCUGUUGCUAUUUUAAAACUCAUCUGAAGUUUUUUAUUCCGCACCAGUGUUUGCAGAGUUGGCUGGGAGCCUUAUGACGAGGCCAGGAUGGCCACAAAUGAACUAAAGAAUUCCACCAAGCCACUGUGGGUCACCUGAAUAGGAAAAAUGAAUUCUUUGCUUCCCUUCCUCUUACAUUCUUCCUUCUGGAUACUAAUACAAGUAACAAAAAUUGUAAGGCAUUUUAGCAUGUUUGCAUGGUGACUGCACAUUAAAUCUCUCAGCUAGGAGUCGCCAUCAGUGACUCAUCACAAAAACUCCAGACAUUUCAUCCUGUCCUUCAGCUGCAGUCUUUUCCUCUGACUCCUCCCCUGUGUUAUUCACAGUGGCCCUGAAACUAUCAGACGUUUACAAGCAGUAUAGUCAGUGUCUGGUCUUGCUUUCAUGCCAUCCUCUUAAUGCCUGUAAGGUGAUUCCUGGUAGCCUUGUGGUCUCUGAUGUCCUGUUCAUGGAGCAGCCAGAACUUUAAUCUGUCAGACUCCCUUGAUGGCAUCUUUCUCCUGGAAAGUCAGCCGGGUCAGGAUACCUCAAGUUGUCUCUUGGGAAACAGUGUGAAAUUGGAAAUCAUUUGUUAUACUCUCCUUCUACUAGAUUCAUGAGAGAUGGGGAAAAGUGCUUUAUAUAAUACACAGCAGUUGUGCAUAUUGCUUUUGGAACCCUUUAGAUGAACCCACAAUCAAGUAUCUAAGGGGUAUUCUUAGCAUUUUCGUGAUGGACAUUAUUUCUAGGAAGAAAGACUCCCAGGCACACUAGCCUCACUGCUCUUCAUAUAGCUAAUGAGCAGUAAAUGUUUGCUGUUUGCAAAGCGUGCACUAAUGACCACUUCUGGCAUUUUCUCUACCAUGGCCAGUCCUCUUUGUUAGCCCCAGUGUACAUACAGGGAAAGAUAAAGACAGAACACCCAAAUAGAAUACCCAAAUCCAGAAAACUGAGAAAAACACAGGUCUGUCUGCAUUUAGCAAGCCUUUAUCUGCUUAACUUCACUGCCUGUGGUCUCUCCAAUGAGAUAAUAAUUUCCCUCUUGGAGUGAUGAUUAAAUGAGAUCUUAUGUGGAUAUCCUGUUCCACAGGUCAUGGCUUUUGAACUGGUCUAGGUGCUGGCAAACUUUUCUUUGUGAAGGGCAAGACAGUAUUUUAAUCUUUGUUGACCAUGUAGUGUCUGUUCACCCACUCCACUGUAUAAAAGCAACCAUAGGAGAUACUUAACUAGAUAUGGCUGUGUUUCAAUAAAACUUUAUUAACAAAAUAGUUGCUGGUACACACAGAAGGUCACACUAACCAGAAUGAAAAAUUGUUACAAUGUUAAUAUCUAGAAUAUGUAAGGAACUUGUGCAGCCCAAUAAAAACAAACUUUUUUUGGUACUGGGGAUUGAACGCAUGAUAUUGUGCUUGCCAGGCAGGCACUUUGCCGUUGAGUUAAAUCCCCGACUCUCUAAACAACCAGCUUUUAAAAUGGACCGUGGAACAUGAGUAUGUAAUUCCCCAAAGAAGCUAUAUGGCCAACAACCAUCAAAAAAGAUGUUGAUCACUAAUCAUUAGAGAAAUGCAAAUCAAAUGAGAUAUUAUUUUGCACCCGUUAGGAUGGCCACUAUCAAAAGAAAAUAAUAAGUUUUGACAAGAAUGUAGAGGAGUCAUAUCCCUCCUGCACUGUUAGUGGGUCCAUAAAAUUUUAUGACCAUUAUAAAAAAAAAACACUGUGUAAGUUGCCAGAUAAUUAAAAAUAGAAAAUUACCAUAUGACCCAGCAAUCUCAUUGGUGGAUAUAUAUCCAAAAAAAUUUAAAAGAGGAUAUUAAAGGAGCAUUUGUACACCUAUAUUCAUUGUAGCAUUCACAAUAACCAAGAGAUUAAAACAGCACAAAUGCUCACUGAGGAAGAAAUGGAGAAAAUGUUGUAUAUAGAUGCCCUAGAAGACUUCUCAGCAUUUACAGAAAGGAGAUCUGUUCACAUUGUACUGCAUGGAUUGGCCUUAAUGAAAUAAACCAAUCACAAAAGGACGAGAUUCUUCUCAUAUAAAGUAUCUCAGGUAGUCAAAAUCAUAGUAUAAAGAGGAAAAAGGCUGUGGGGAGGAAGAAUUAGUGUGUACAGGUAUAAAGUUUCAGGUUUACAAGAUGAACGUUAUGGAGAUCUGUUACGUAAUUUCAACACACUGUAUUAGUGCUGAACUACACACUUAAAAUAGUUAAAAGGGAAAUCUAAUGUUAGUGGAGUUUUUUUGCUACAGUAAAAAUAAGCCAUAGCUAGUGAACUCAUACUGUACAAAGUCAAAACUGUAAGCUUUGGACAUCCUCAUCUAGAUUACUCUUUUCAUUCAUGGAAUUUUCCAUUUUGGGAUAAAGAUCCCUCAAUUCCAAGGGCUGUCUAGUAGAGCCCCACUUCUAGGACAUCCCUUUCUGUGACUUUCUUAACUACAAAUAUAUGCAUACUGUAAGGAUGGAUCAGCAGCUAUGAACUUUGGCUGAAUGCAGCAGUGGAAACCCGCAUUCCUACGGGAAGAUCGGGCAGAUAGUGAUAGUAAUUGCCGCCAUCUUUAAGUGCCUUCGUCAACCAGUGCCUACAGAAUGCAAAAAGAGCAUGAUAUUUACCAGGGCCAGUUUUGGCUCAUUAAACAUUAGUAUUUCCCUAAGGACUUUUUCUACAUUGUCCAAAUAUAUGUGUCAAAAUUUAGUUGGGAAUUGCAUGGCCAGAUGGACUCUACAAAGUUCCAUCUUUUGCGGUGAGAAAAAUUAGAAACACUACAUUCUAAUCCAAGAAGAACUUUCCAGAACUAUGUGUACCAGCUGAGUAUUUUAGUCCCGUCACCUCCACAGUGAUGCUUCAGCAGCCAAAACGGGCUGUCUGAACUGAAGUAGGCCAUCUGGUCCACCACCUUGCUUAAGAACUCUUUGUAGAACAGAGCUAUAACCUCUUGAGAAAUUGUACAAUUGCAUUUUGCAGGCUCGAGCACCAGGACUCAGAAUGAGAGAUUCCAAGUGGUUACACAGCAGUUAGUGGUACAACUGAAACUAGAUCCUGUUUCUCCCAGUUACCACCCCUUUAAUUUUUGUCCCAUUGCUUUUGUUAAGGUGUAAUUCACACAGUAAAGUUCACCAUUUUUAGUGCAGCAUUCUGCAAGGACCGACAUAUGCACACGUUUGUGUAGCUAUUGCUAUGGUCAAGAUUAAACCAAAAUUCCCAGCACUAAGAAAUUCUCCUCCAGUGCCCAUUCUUGUCAGCCUCUCCUGUUCCACAAGACCCUGACAACCACCGAUAUUUCCUGUCUGUACAGUUUUGCCUUUCCUAGAAUGUAAUGGAAGCGGGAUUGUAGCAUCUGAUUUCCUCCCUGAAUUGCACCGCGCCUUAGGCUGAGCGUAUGUCAUUCUCCUGCUCACUUUCAUCAAAAGUAUUCAGUUGGAUGUACGACCACAGCCUGAUUCCCCAGCUGAGGGACAUUUGAGUCGUCUGCAGUUUUGUAGAACACCAAUAACACUGCUGUAAGCAUUCACAUAAAGGUUCUUGUAUAAACAGUGGUUUUCAUUGUUGGGUAUCUAGAAGUGAAAUUGCUGUUUUGUAUCAUAAAUAUAUGUUUUAGCUCAUAAGAAACUGCCAGGUCAGUAUUCUUAAAAUAAUAAAAGCAGAGUAAUGGGACUGGGGACUGACUAUACUACCCAUAAAAGUAUCGGAAAUUUUUCUGGAAUAUUGCUGCUGCUGUGUGGAAGUCCUGCCUGUCUCUUCCUGAAGGAAUUCAUCUUCAGAGGCCCUGAUCUGCCGCCUGUCUCUUGUACACCAUUUCAGAAGUUCGAGUUCAAACACGUCUACUGUGAACUUGUUUAAUAAAAAUUUUCUCGUCUUCCAUAUAUCAGGUAAUACGCUACGUGUGUCUCCCCCCACUUGUCACUGAGAUGCUUCCUCGGUCUCUGUUCUAAGGAAGAAAACCUUGUAGCCUUCCCCAGUCCUGUGGCAGGAUGCAUGUUAGACUGCGGUGCACCCGUGAAUCUUGUCUUGCGGCCAGAUUUUCCAGACUCUCAGGAUGGGCUGUUUGCAAGUCCAGGCUCUUCUGGGCCUUUUCACCUGCCGCCGUGCCGGCGUUAAAGCCUGAUGUUCGUGGGUCCGUGUGCUCCUUUCUCACUCCUCUGCCGUCUCACUGCAGAGAGCUGAGCUCUUCCUGGUGCUCACUUGUUCUCACGUACCUCAAAAUAACUCUCUGGGCUCCUCUUCUCUUUCUAAUGGCUCUUCCUCAGGCUAGUGGCUCACCGCCUGCCUCCACUGCUUGCCAGUGUGGGUUGCUCCUGGAAAUCGCUCCUCUAGGUUUUUCUCCUGGAGUGUGCUCUGUGGAAAACCCACUCCGGUACUUUAUGCCUCUCCUACUUCUUACCGACUCUCAGAUUCAUACCUUAGAUCUCCUUGAAACUUUGUAUCCUUCAGUCACUCUCCCUAGAAAACGUGACAGCCUGGAUAGUCUACUGACAUCGCAGGUGUAACAAAUCAGAAUUUAACUGCAAUGUCCUUCCUCCCAUCUCCCGUGGGAUUCCUCUCAAAGUUACAACUCCCAUGAUGCACUCCUUAACCUGAUUCAGAACAUGAUUCAGUCACCAGAAAGGACUUUUCCUCAAAACAGCAUGGAUCAGUGGCAAAAUGCUCUGCAUUCUCCUUCUGGAAUGGGUUUGCAGCCUCUUUCUGGCUCCUUCGCUGCUGGAUUAACUUACCUCGGUUAGUGUCUUCCCAGGCCACCCGGAUGACCUGCCGGCUCUCAUCUGGGCCCCUGUCCGCCUUGCUCCUUCAGUUAUCCGGCUACUUCUAUUGCCAUGAUUAAUUUAAAUGUAUUUCUGAUGACAUUAUUUCUAUCUUUAGAACACUUGGUGGCUUCCAGUUGGCCACAGAGUAAAACCCGAACUUCUCAGCAUCUGGCAGGAUAUUCUAAAUGUUUCAUAGAUGUAUUAACUUUGAGCACAUUGCUUGCCAGACAUUGUGAUAGUGCAGUUGUAGAAAUGGGGAUAGGGUCUGUUUCACAGUGUUAUCAGGAUUAUGAGAUAAUAAAGCUCAUGGCAGGAUUUGGCCUCCAUGAGACCCCACUUCUUCUGAGAAACCCUGCCUUGAUUCUCAGGCUGAAACUCUCAUUCUCCUCUCUGCAUUACUAAGUGCAUUGUUCAGACUAAUAAUGCAAUGUUCCUCAUUCGGUGUCCGGUUGUUGAGCUCAGGCGCUGUGGUAGCCACGAGGGACAGAAAGGAGCACCUAAUGUAGCAGUGAGUCUCCAGUGGCGUGCAUCAUGCCAGAGACAGGCAGCUGUGUCCUGAGCGCACAGGAUUGGAGCUUAGCUUCACCAGGAAUUGGCGGGAUAAGGAAGACCUGCCAGAGGUGUGACAUGGGCACUGGUUCUUAAAGCAUAAACGAUUUGACAAGGACACAGAGGCUGGUGUGAGGCAGCAGAGGAGUGGCACCAUAGUCUUCAUGUCUCCCCGCCAAGAUAUUAGCAGUCCUAGGGGUGUUCUGCCACUGCUUUGCACUGCCACCACCUAGUAUGUCCUAUACGGCAAAAAAGUGGAUUCUCUGUGUGGUUUUGCUGAUUUAAAUUGAAUGAUUAUACUUUUCUUUCAUUUUCUAUCUCUUAUUUCAUUUUCUGCUUAAUCUCAUUGCAGUAAAUGCAAUAUCAAUUCUGCUGUGAGUUUGUAAUAAGAAGUAAGAGUUGCUACAAAAACAUUUGGGAUAGUUUUCUCCAUGGGCAGUAUCAUCCAGCUUCUCUUCUAUAUUUUUAUUUCUUCUCCCCCUCCUGCUCUGCCUACUCCUCCUUCAUAGAACCUUCUUUAUUCCCUCGUGGUCUUUUGUACUGACCGUUAGAGACAAGGGCAAGGGCUCCUCCAUAUAUAAGCCACCACCCCUUCUGUUGCCUUUUUGGUCCUUACGUGUUCCCCUGGGUGACACUGUCAAGUGAUUGCAGAGUGAACCUUUUCCCCUACAACCCAAUUAAUUGCCCAACAGCUUAUGGUGGAUAAAGAUGUUAGAUGAGAUAUCUUAGGGAUUUAGUGCAGAUUUUUCUGUGUUCGUGGGGUCAUUCAUUACUUCAUUCACUGUCAUUUGAUUAUGAUCUGCCAACCAUGUGUCCCCUCCCAAUUUCUUCCAAGAUAGCACUUACAGCUACUUCCUCAGACUUUCCCCUGACAGGCUGAAGAGUCUUCAGACCUUGUUGUGCAAAUCUUGUGGUAAGGAAUAUUUCUAAUUUUAUCAAAUCUUUAAGCUGUCAGAGAAAUUCUCCUUGGUGUGCACUCUAUAUAUAGAAGCCUAAACACAAAAUUCUUUUAAGGAUUAUGAAAAUCAGGUGACACUUUACCAUUCGGGCUUAGAGUCAUGAUAUGAGUACUCUAGUUAGCAUCCUCUCAUUUCAUUUUUAUUCCAGGUUCAUGCUGGCCAGUUCAUUCCAGGAAGGUGUGUUUGCAGUGAGGCGUGUUUGCAGUGAGGCUUGGAAUUGACUCUUGCUUCUUGUCUGUUGGAUUCUUUAUGUUGGAAAAAUGUUUGCCUAUUCUAAUGACCCUGAAAGUCUCUCUAGCUGGUAUAUGGGAGAAGUGUCCACAUGCUAUUUUUCUGAUUUGGACUUGUUCUGUCAAGAGUUUUCAUCAUCAUUAAUAAGUGUUUUGUACCACUCUCCAUGACGAUGAGUGACUUGAGAAUCUCAGACUCUAAAUGCUUCUCUGCAUCUGCAGAACUCACCAACUGCAAAAAUUUUCACUAUCAAACCCUUUGCAUUUAAAGGACCUAGAUGAAGCAAUAUAUUUAGGACUCUUCUUGGAAACAUUUAGGAUGGUCAUUUGGUGACACUGUUAUAUCAUUUUGACCUUGUUGUUUGAGUAGAUAUUUGAAGAAUCGGAGAUAACUGAUGCUGUACAGAAGGCUGAUGCACAGCUUUUCCACAACUGACCUUAGACCUGUGAUCUGCUCUCUGUGGUGGUCAGAUGUCCAGUCGGCUUUGUGGAGAGGCAAUUUUAUGAAGACAGUGCCAUGUAGCCUGGGUGAGAGGAAAUCAAAAGUGUUUUCACGGAUGUAUUUCAUGGAUGCUGCUCUGUUCUAAGUAGAAAUGAAGAAAUGUACCAUCAGUAUGCUGUGGAUAUCUGUCCCAUGUAUGCUACCAAAUGUAUCUGUGCCUUAUUCUUUGAGGCCACCAGCCUCAGGACAUGACAUAAAGGUUUAUAGUUUGGAGGUGGUCAAGCUUUCCUCACAUUGGUCUCUGUACACCAGUUCCAGAGAGCACCUCAUGCAUCGCUGCACUGAGAAUAGGCACUGAGGUCGCAAGUCAUUAGCACAGCCUUGUGCUCCAGUCAAGAGCAAAUUCUGCUAUCCUUUCAAAUUUAACCCUACAUUACUGGUAUCCCCUUCUUGUAUUUUUUCUUUUUGAUAGUAGCAAUACACAGUCACUCAGUAAUUUAUUCACAAACUGUAUUAAGAACCUACUGUGUGCCAAGCACUUGCCAUAUGUCAGGGAUUGUAUAGGGAUGCCAGUAAUAGUUACUCCCUCAAAUUCACCUGGAGAAGAUGUAUGUGUAAAAUGUGACAGCACAGAGAGUUAUGCAGCGUGACAGUGGUUCGUGAAGGUGUCUGUAGGAUCAUGUAAGGUGGGUGGGGUAUCUCAUGCAGAGGAGAAAGAUUGGAAGGAUUCAGGAAAAGGGCACCUUGAACCAAGCCAGGGAUUACAGUUGUCAGGGUGUUUAUUUUCUCUUUUUUCAUCAAACCAAUGUGAUUGUUGAGGUGCUGAGAACUUGCGAGAUAACACUACUGUUAUGGUGUCUAGAUGACCCCUAUAGCCUCCUGUGGUCAUCGGGGGAGACUUUCAGAGGAGGCUGAAUCUAGUGUUUGCAACUGAUUCCUGGUCAGUGCUGGGAUUAUGGGUGUGAGUGCUACACCUGCCCUAGGGUGGGCAGCCUACAUACAACAUAAGGGUCUGAAAGAGUCUAGUCUCUUGUUACUCUUGAUGUCUUCCACCACCAUGAACUGUUGACCCCCUGCCAUGUGUCACCCUGUCUUGGAGCCAACCAAUUAUGAACUGAAACCUCUACAAACUAUGAGCUUUAUUGAAUAAACCCUUCCUCCUUUAAUUUUGGGUGUCAAGUCUUUUGUCUCAGCCAUGAAAGAAAAGUAAGACAAUGAUUAUAUAUUUACUGUAAAACUAUGUAUUUGGAGUGUUUUCCAUAUGACAGAACUUUCCUGGGUUUAGUAAAGUAUAGUAAACUUGACAGGAAUGGCUCCCAUGUACACAGGUCUUACAUUUUAAUGGGAAGGUACUAAUCAAUGAGAAAUCAUACCAGUGAGGUAAGGGAAGUGGAAGGGGACAAGAAUUAUCCUUUGGGGAGCAAGUAAGAAAAGGGUCUUUCUUAGCUCCAACAGUUGAGGAAAAGCUGAGCUCUAAAACAGGAAGGUGAGUUAGCGGAGAACACAGUGCUUGUCCCAAGUGGAAGGAGUGGUCCACUGUGAGCCUGUGUUAGGGUUCUGUGGAGAAAUAGAACCAGCAGGCCAAGGUAUAAACAUAUGAGAGAGAGUUGGCAGGGAAUUGGUUCACAUGAUAUUGGAGACCUACAAGUUCCCAUCUGCUAGAUGAAGGAACCUGGAAAAGUAGUGGUGUCAUCUAGUCCAACUUCAAAACUAAGAGUAGAAGGCUUUGGAGUAAGUUCCAUUGUCCAAGAGCAGAAGGAGUCAGCAGUUGCAGCUCAAGAAGAGAGAAUUUGCCCUUCUUCCAUGUAUUUUCUUGUAUACUGGCUCUCAUUGGAUUGAAUGAUGCCCUUCUGCACAGGUAGAUUCUCUUUACUCAGCCUGAUAACUGAAAUGCUCAUCUCUCCUGGAGACACCUGGGCACAUAUACAGGGAAUGUCGUAGCUGUUAACUGGGCAUCCCUUGGCCUAGUCAGGUUGGCACCUAUGCCACCACAGAGGCCGAGGUUGAAGGGGAUGUUUCAUGCAUUCCAGAACUGUGAAGAAGACUACUACAGUUAGAAGCUCAGGAGUGAGUCAGGAAGGAGGAGAGAUCACAGAAAGUGAAGCUGGAAAGGUAGAGAAGGAGCCAUGUGAUAAAGUGAAGGCUAUGGGAAACUACUAAGGGGUUCUGAACCCAACUGGCCCAGUGAGAUUUACAUAACACAGUAUGGGAGGAUGCACAAAGAAGGGAGACAGGAGGCCCAGCGUCUGGUUGGGAGGCCCAGCAUCUGGUUAGGAGGCCAUGGCAUGCGUCUGUGCCAGAGAUUGUGGGAGCCCGGGUGAAGGUAGCAGCAAAUGAGGAAGAAGAGAACUCAGCUCAGGGGACCAAGCAGCCCGUGGUGACAGAUUGGGAAACAGCACAAACACGCCUUGAAAAUAUCAUCCUCGUUCCUCUUGUGUAUUCUCCUCCCCCAGAAGGACGCACAGCAAUUCUUUGAAAUGCAGAUACCCAGGCUUUACCCAAACCUGCUGAAUUAGACUCUCAGGCACAGGCAGCAUUACCACCAAUGAGUCCUAAGCACAAGAAUGCUUGAGGCGACUGCCUGGCCCUAUACCGAUGAGAGCACGUAGACAUCCUGGGGCACAUCGUUCAUCCUUUAAUGCUAUCCCAUGAUGACAUCCUCGGGCCGUCAUGAGAUUGCUUCUCAUAUCCAGCUGAAUUCAGCGGUGGGCAUAAGCCCUUUGGGGUAUACAAAGAUACCCCACCCCAAAAGCCCAAACCAGCGUAGAGCCAUCUAACAUUGAACAUAGCAGGAUAUGUCCCCAAGAUCUAAGAAAACCCCUGAGGGAUAAUUUGAAAUCUCACCUCGUAUUUCCCCAGAAAAAGCUGAGACAAGUUCUUUUGAGAAGCCCCAUAGGAUACUAAGUACCAUAAGUACUUUCUGCAGAGGUGCCACCAUCACCUGGGCUACAAGGACAGAGUUGUCAGGGUAAUGCAUUACUCGAGCGAAUAUAGAUGUGGAGAAGGACAGAAAGAAAGAUGAUUGCUUUAGAUUUGUGAAGAACAGUGUGAAUGUUCAUAUUUGAAACCAUUGAAGUCUCUCAACGCUUAAUUAGAUAUGGUUCUUUAUUCUUGUACAAUUCCACAGAUCAUCACAUCUCUAGUUUAUCACCAGAUUGGUAGAGCUAAUACUGAUGGUGCAUGUGUUUACACGUUUGACAGUUUGAAUUCUAUAUUUAGCCCUCCCAACAAUUUUGCAAAAUAAGUGUCAUUGAACCCCAUUCUAUAGGUAAUCUGGACAGUGCUUGUCCAGGGUUACACAGCUAAAAAAGAAAAUUAUGUUAGGGUUCUCCAGAGAAAUAGAGUGUGUAUGAUGCACACCACAGAGAGAGAAAGACAGAGACAGAGACGCAGAGAGAGACAGACAGACGAACAGGGAUUUGUCAGUUGUUAAAAAAUCAUCUCACACAAAAUAUACAGCAGGGAAGCUGGAAACUCUGGGAAACCAAGGAUGUAAUUCCAUUUCAAGUUCAAAGGCUCAGGAUAGCAGAGGGUGUAAGUUCAAACCAAGAGCUGGCAGGUUCGAACCCCAGGAUGUGUGCGUUUGGGUCAGUACAGAUCCAAAGGCAGGAAAAAGCCUGUGUCCCAGGACCAGGCAGACCAGGAAGAGUUGCCUCUGGCUUCUGGGCAGGUCAGCACACCAGAUGGAGCCCACCCACACGGGGUGGGGUCUUCUGUUUUGUUCUUCCUGAAAGACAGAUGUUAAGUUCAUUACUUAAACCCCCUCACAGCUAUACCUGCAGUAAUGUUAGACCAAAUAUCUGGGCGCUCACGCCCAGUCAAGUUAACACAUAAAAUCCAACAGCAGUGGAUAAGAUGACUUGUUAUCUCUAAAUUAAUUCUCAGAUCUACCCUAAAGUACCCCACUCUGAAGUAUCUCUUGUUUCAGAGAUACGGGUUUUUCUUUUACAAAUAAAGUAUUAGUUGUGAUUCACUUUUAAAAAUUAAUACUUGAGCCUAUUCAAAUAAAAAAUGUCUUUUAACAGCUUAUUUAUUACUUACAUAAUUGUCACUCUUCACCUUCCAUUUUCUAUUAUUUUAGCUGCUAGGAAUGGUUGGCAUAUAGAUUUUUUUUUUUUUUUUUUUUAGCAUAUAGAUUUUUUUCCUGCAUCCCAGAGGUUUGGGGGAUAGUAAGAAAUCAGAUUUGUGUAACUCACAACGUGACCUCAUGAUGAAACACAGAAGCCACCCUCAAAUUUCAUGAUGCCCCUGAUAUCCUGAAUAAUCUUAGUCUUGUUAGAUCAAUGACAUGAAAUUUUUGCUGGCUGCCAUUUUAAUUGAUUUAAUGAAAUUGAUCCAGCAUAAAUGAGAGCACUGAAAAUUGUUAACAGUGACCUUAAGGGUUUCAAGCGUCUGCUGUGUAAGAGGUGAUGUGGCUUUGGUUUAUAUGCUUGAAAACCCUUUUCCAGCUGUGUUAGAGGAACAAAAAUGGAUAUUAUCACUAUAAACUGUCUGGGUAGUACAUGGAGGGGCUGAAAGUGUUUGAGAAGUGUUUGAGUGUUCUUCUCAGCUCAGCUCAGCUCAUGUUGCUGAUGCUGUGAUUCAUGAAUACUGUAAACUGCGUAAAUGGGCAUUUAUCCUUCUAAGAAUCAGCAAAUAUGAUUUUCCUUCUGUCGUUGAUGUCCCUAAAAUUCAUACCACAUCAUGCCACACUACAGAAAGGAUAAAGAAGUGAAAUGAUCUUAUAAAUUUGGUUGACUUAAAAUUGUUUUGUAUUUUUUCAAAAAUUAAUCCUAUCCUGAGACUUGGAUAAUUAUUUUCCUACACAAAGAGUUUUACUCUUAAUACUCUGGAUUUGACUUGUAUUAAAGCACAAGUAAAUAGUGUUUGGAUUGUCUUCUCCUUUUGAAAGUUUAAAUGUUGAUCUUUCAUUCUUUCUUUCUUCCUUUUCUCCCUGGCUUCUCUUCCCUUCUCUCCUGAGCCCCUCUUUCCGAAUGUGCUCUUUUGCUGAAGAAUCUCUCAGCCCGGGGAAGAGCUAUUAGAAAUUUAUUAAUUAAGAACCAGUUUCUGCUCCUUUGUCAGGGGUAAUCAUUUGUUUUAGAGCUGAUUCUCUGCCUUAAUUAAAUGAAAAUGUCAGUCCAUCAAAUGAAUUCAUUUAUAUUUAUUUAUCUAGUUCUCCAGGCUUGAAUUUCUUAGUAGGGACUUAAGCUCAUCACAUUUGCUCACAGAAUGAACUGAAAAAAAUGUGUCUUACAUCAGUUUAAAAGACUCAGAAGUGAUUACAAUGCCUGGAGGAAGCACUGCAUAAACAGAGCUGUGACUCACAAAUGUGUGAAUGGUUUUUUCAUGGAGCUGUUACCUGGUUAUAUCUUGGUUACUUUUCUUUCAUUGCUGGAGCAAGAUACCCAGCACCCAAAAUGAAGGAAAGAAAGGUUUAUUUAGCUCACUGUUUGUGGAGGUUUCAGGCCAUAGUCAGGUGCCUUCAGGGCAGGUGGUGUGGCACUGGGACAACAGUUCAAGGCAGCAGCAAGAGCAAAAGAGGGGAACAAGCCUGUUCUCUCUUAUGUUAUACACAGGCCUACCUCAACCCUCCAGGUGGGGUGCAGCACUCACAAAAUCUCUGUGCCCUCUUCUGGCCCAGGAUGAGGAUAUUUACAAAGUAAGGAUCCUUGUUCUCUGCUGAGUCUCUAAGUUAAACUUCUCAAAUUGACACAAUGUAUUAACAGUAACAGGCUGUAUAUAAGGUAUAUAUUUGGGUGUUUUUAUGCACACAUGUGUCUGUGUGUACUAGAGCAGGAAAGUGAACAAUUCCCUUCACAAUGAUCUAUUUGAACUUAAAGGGUCAAAGGUAAUAUGUUAACUACCUGUAUGUUUGUAUUUGCUUUUUCUAAAUGCUAAUUGAUGGCACAAGGUUUAAAUUUUACCCAGUUGUCAUGGUUUCUAUCUAGAAGUUCCCCUAAAGCUUCAUACACUCCUAGGUGGGGUUUUGGGGGACUGGAUCAUGGGUAUGUGCUACUGGAUCAUGGGUGUAGGGUAAUGGAUUACAGUUCACUGAUUGAUUUAGCAGAGUUUUGAGUACAGAUAAUGAACUAAUAAGAGAAAAGAGCUAACUGAGGAAUGGGUGACCCCAACCACUAGGCCGAUAAGCUGGAUGGAAUAACAAAAGAGGAAGGCUCUGUUGCUUCCUGCCUGCCGUGUCAUGAACUGUUCCCCCUCUGCCCUGCCAUCCUGCCUUGGAGCCAGCUGACUAUGGACUGAAGCCUCUACAAACUGUGAGCUAAAUAAACUUUGCCUCUUUUAACUUGUGGGCACCAGCUAUUUUGUUCCAGUAACAAGAAAGUAAGAUACUAUUUUCCCCACCAGUUUUAAAGAAUUAUUUAUCAUGGAUAAUCUGUACACCUACCAUUGUAAUAAGUGCUUUAACAGGUUAAAAUGAAGUUUACAUUUCUUCAUUCAACAGCUGUUCCUGAGUACCCACUGUGUGUCUGGUGAAGUAUUGGUAAUCAGUCAGUCAUGAAUAAUGCCUUCUGAAUCGAUGCCGUAUGGAACAAUGUAUUAACAAGUGUCCAUGCUACAUCUGGUAUAGAGUAGGUACAUAACAAGCGGAAUGAGAAAUUACUGCAUUACGGCAUUAGUCACCUGAGAUCCUCACAGGGAAAUGGACAGGCAUAAGGAUCAUACACUGGGAACUGGCCAAGCCAGAGAGGUGUCCAGGAGAAAAGGAACACUGGAACCAAGGUAUCUGUGACAGCAAAUAUAAAAAUCAGGAAGUGGUUAGUGUGAGGCAGGGGUGGGGAGCUGUGCCAAAGCUAGAUUUCCGCAACUGUUAGUUGUCGUUGAAGACAUGCCACAAUCCUGGACACCCGAGGCCGAGCCUCAAGUAGAAGGGUGACCUGAUUAGGUUUUAUUUUGAGAUGAUAGCUCUUGAUUGCUCUAUCAGGAAUAUAGAAUAGACUGGGGAGAGGAAGCUCAUAUUGUUUUUCUGUGCCAACCUUCACAAAUCAUCACAAAUGUGUUGCCUUACGGUUCUAGAGGUCAUAAUUCUGAAAUGAGUUUCCUUGAGCCACACUCAAGAUAUUAAGAAAGCAGUGUUGGCUCAGGGAGCUCAAGAGAGAAUCUGUGUCAUUGCUGACCCCAGGGAGAGUGUGGUGGCUGGUGGUGGCCUUCAUCCUCCAUCUUCUAAGUUUCUGGUACCAAAUUCUGUCUUGCUUACUUUUCUCUUGUUUCUGAGACAGAAUAUCCACUGUUCAAAAUUAAGGAAGGAAAGGUUUAUUUAGCUCACAGUUUACAGAGGGUUUGGUCCAUAAUCAUCUGGCUCCUAGGCAGGAUGGCAUAGCACAGGGGCAACACUUCAAGGCAGCAGAAGACAGAAAAAUCAACAGGAGCACAGAGGGGAGAGCAAGCCUCUUUUCCUCCGGUAUAGUGUAUGCAGACUACCUGCCCUAGGGUGGGUCCUUUACACCUGCACCAUCUCUGUGCCUCCUCUUGCACAGGCUCACGAUGUUUAUAAAGUCAGAGCCCUGGCCCCUGCUGAAUCACUUAGUUAAACUUCCAGACUUCGCCAGUUGACACAGUGGACCAACCAUUACAGCAGUUCAUGGCAGUAUUAUUGUUAAGGUAGAAAUAACCCAAGUGCCUAUUCACUGAUGAAUGCAUAAACAGAAGCAGAGUGUAGCAGAAUAUUUACUAAGCCAUUACAAGGAGUGAAAUACAAGUACCCCUACCACAUGAGCAAACCUUGAAACUCCUAUGCUGAAUAAAACAAGCUGGUGACAGAAGACCAUGCGAUAUAUCAUUCCAUUUGUACAAACCAGCAAAUCCAUAGAGACAGAAGAGUAGAUCAGUGGUUGGCUGGGUUUGGGAGGUAGAGGGUUUGCCUAUGGGAUGACAGAAAUGUUUUCUGGAUAAUGGUGAUGAUUGUGUGACCUUGUGAGCAUACAAAAACCCAUUGAAGUGUAUACUUCAAAAUUAUUAAAAUGGUGACUUUUACCUCAGUUAGGAAGUAUAAGGCAAAAUCUGUGAAAUUUUAAAAGCUUGGUCACUGUGGUCAGCUCUGCAUAUUCUGUCUGCAUAAUAAAUAUGCCCUGUCCAGGGUCCCACCUGGAGGGUGGGCAGAGUUUAUGCUUAUGUGUGAUUCUGUCCAUGCACAAGGUCAUGCUGUAAGGCAAAGAGGAAGUGAUUUUGAAUGUAUGAUGAGGGUCCCAGCCAUUUGAUUUUGGUUAAUGAAAGGGGUGAUCAUCCUGGGUGGACCUGAUGGAAUGAGAUCCCUUAAAAGAAGGACUCGGUCCUCCCUUACGUUAGAGAUCUCCCUGGCUUUGAAGAAGUAGCUGACCAUGUCUCAAGAAGGCUGCUUGGAGCUGCCGGCUGUCUCGCGAAUGUGAGAGCUGCCUUCCGCCAACAGCCAGCAAGGAAACAGGGUCCCUCCUCCUGCAGACGCCAGGAGCUGGAUGGAGCUGGUAGCAACUUGAAUGAGCUCACAGGCGAGCUUUCCUCAUUGAGGCUGCGUGUGUGACUACCGCUGACCACACUGGAACUGCAGCUGAUGAGGAAGAGGACACAGGUCGGCACGGCAGAAUAUUGAUGUCUCACAGACACUGUGCGAUCACACACAUGCGCUGUGAUACGCUGCUAAGUGCUUAGUGACUGCCUGCCCGCCCAGCCUGGAAAUGAGUGCACGCUCUUCCUCCUUCACAUCGCUGUUCUUUAUGCUGUACCACAGCGUGCCUUUGAGUUCACAUGUGUGUGUGUGUGUGUGUGUGUGUGUGUGUGUGUGUGUGUGUGUGAUGUCUGUGUGUCUCCUUCAGUGAUCUGCAGAUAAAAGUGGGCUGAAAGGGCUAGAAAGUUGAGCUUGCAAUGGCUUAAGAAGUUGUUUCAUAAAACGGGCACAACUUGAAUCGUUCACUAAAGCUUCCUUUUGUCUUCUUCCGGGUAUAAUGAGAGCUGGGAUUGUGAUGGCCUGGCAACCUCGAUUGUGAAAGGCAUCAUGCUGGCAGUCAUUGGUCCCUUGGGUCAGUCUAGCAUCGGGGUCAGGAACUGCCAGAACUUUUUCCUCUGCAUCCUUAAAAUAGCUUCUGGUAGAUACUAAGAACUGUGACAGUAAAGAUAAUUGAAAUAAUUAUUGCUGAGACUCCAGGAGACCCAUUCUGUUCAAGCCCUGGGCUGAGAAAGAGUUGACUUCUGUGUCUCUCAAUAUGACACUGAGGUCAUAGUCUCUGCUGGAAAUCUCACUCCCCUGGUGGAGAAGAUAAGGUGGCCGGUAUCUCUGGAGCUGACCAGAAGAAUGGCUUUCACCUGGGAAGUGCAUCGCAGACCUUACUGGGAAAUUCAUUUAGUAUUCAGUUGAAUAAACAGUAAUGCAUUACUUGUUAUGUUCUAGGUAUGUACUCAGCCAAGGUAGCCCCUGCCUUCCACCAUCCUUUAGCCCAGAGUAUUCUAAAACUUUAGUCGCUUGAUUUCUCUGCUCUUACUAGAAUUGCUCCAUAGACCCUUAGUCCAGAAGGCUGGGUGAGUAACAGCAUUAGCAAUAAUCACAAUCAUUAACUAUAUGGUUAUUAUGCAUCCACACUGGUCUAAGCACUGUCAUUUGAUCCUUAUAAAACUGUAAGAUAGGACCUACUAUUACCUUUAUUUUUCAGAUCAAGAAAUUGGGGCACAGAGAAGUUGGGAGAUUUGAAAAAUGUCACAUGGUUUUAGAAGUGAUUAAGGGUUCUAUCCCAGUCACUCUCCAAGAGUCUGAUGCUUGUCACGUUCAUUGCUAUAACUCUGGAUACCCUAACCAUAAUAUUUCACCACUGCUUUUUGCUAGAUGCUAAAGUUAUACCAGGGAAGACAGAAUAAAUAGUCCCUGUCCUAGCUGGCUUUAGAAUCAGGUGGGAAAAGAUACUGGUUUUCUAGGGCCACUGCAAGGAAAUGCCAUGGGCAGCUUAAACAACAGAAAUUUAUUUUCUCAUUCUUUGAAGGCUGCUGGUCCUACAUCAACAUGUUGACAGAGUCGAUUCCUUCUGAUGCCUCUCUCCUUGGUGGCCUGUCGGUGGCUGACUUUGCCCUGGUUUUGCUGUGAUUCUCCCUCUGUAUAUGUAGUCCUGUCCACUCAUCUAAUGAGCACAGAGUUGUACUGGGAUGGCAUCCCUUCUGGUGUGCUCAUUUUGCUUAAUUUCCCCAUGAAACACUAAAUAUCAUUGUAUUGUAAGGUACUUUUGGUUAAGCCUUCAACAUAUGAAUUUUUGAUAAGAAAUAAAUCAGUCCAUAACAGAGAUAGUUGCUAAGAAAGAAAAAGAAAAAUUACACACACACACACACACACUCUCUCUCUCUCUCUCUCUCUCUCUCUUUCUCUCUCUCUCUCUCUCUCUCUCUCAUCGGUGGUGGUGACCCUAUGGCAUGUGUGCCCCAGCAGGCUGUCUGUAUCACUGAAAGUGCUAACAGAUUCACCAUCGCUGAUUUAGAGGCUCCUUGACUCACAUUGCAGUUAGGCACCAGUAGAGCCAUGAUAAGUUGAAAACAUUGUAAGUCAAAAAUGCUUUUGUUCCACCUAACUUAAUGAGUAUCAUGGAGCAGCAGAUCUUUAUACUGUAUCAGCCUCGUGGAGACAUGACUGACCAGCAACUGUGGUUCCUUGCAGCUACCCAACAUCAGAAGGAAAUAGGAUAACAUAGACCUAAAAUAACAAUGUGAAGUAUAUUCAAAGCAAAACAUGAAAAGACAUCAUUGGUUGGGGACCAUUUCUGUGUCUAUGUCUGUGUCUGUGUGUCUCUGUCUCUGUCUCUCUAUCUGUCUCUCUGGGGUGCUGGGUUGUUUACCAGUGGGGCUGGAUGCUAAGAGAUGUGUCAUUAGCUGACUUGGGAGCUGUGUGAACCUCCCAGAGCAGUAGUGGCAAAUCUGUGGCACAGGUGCUGCAGCAGGCUGUUCAUGUCAUUGAAAGCUCUUGGGUUGGGCAUCGCUGUCAUAGAGCGUAUUUGCGCAAACUAAGAUGGCGGCCUCACGGGGUGACACAGCCAUAUGGGCCCACCUCUGCAUGGCCUGUCAUUGACUGAGAUGGCACCGUGAAGCACGUGACUGUGUGUACGUGAUUUGACCUCAUAACCUGCAUCAGUUGACUGUGGCUACAUUUUUUAAAAACUUGUUUGUAUCUGUAACAGUGUUUUUCUUAUUUCCAUCCUCUGACACAGUCAUACUCUCAAUUUUCAAGUUUGUACCGUCUGGAACAUCUCGCCAGCUGGCACUUUUUCUUAAUAUUCUGAGCUAUAUGUGCUCCCAGGUGAAUUUAUUCUGCUUUGGUCUCUACACCAUUUAUUUUUUUCAAGUAGCACCUAGUUUGACUCACAAUGACAGAAAGAAAAAGCAUACGAGGGAUAGCUAAGCAAAACAAAAUUACAUAGUUAUAAAUGUUAGAAUUGAGGUUUUAUACAAACUCAGAUUUUUUAGAUAACAACUAAAGAAGGCCAAGAUACAGAUAAAUAGACUAGUGAAAAUUAUCUGGACCUAAUGAAAAGUCAGUAUAAAUUAUCACGACUGUCUGAAGCCAGAUAGAUUUUUUUGUUUAAGUCUGUGGUAAGGGACCCGGGAGAUGUUGCAGCACCUGAGACAGCUUUCACCCAUGUCCAGCACAGGGAGCUGGCACCAUAGGAGCUGUGAUGUCCUGUCCAGCAGCAGCCUCCUUGAUAGCACAUCCCUUCCCAAAACCCUUCCUGCAGGAACCAAGGUGCACAUGUAGACUGCUAAAUGUUCAAAGCUGCGCAGCAAAAAUGUGCAAUGUGGGCCUUGGAUUUAGCUCAGUCGUGUAAGCACCUGCCUGGCAAGCGCAGGGUCCUGAGUUCGAUCCCCAGUACAACCAAAAAAAGAAAAAAAAUGUGAAAUGUAAAGAAGGGUUCUGGCUUAGACUGGGGAGUUAGUUACUCAUGACCUGCAGUAAAUUUUAAACAGAAAAAAUAAGCAUCAGCCUGCUGAGGAACAGGGAAAGGCAAGGGAAGGGAGGGAAGCAUGCACCAACUACAAGGUACAGAGCUCAGCAUUUUGUAGCAGCUGAGCAAAGGCCCUGUGGCCAGGACAUAGGAAUAGGCCAAGUUCCACCGAGCCUCACAACUUCAUGAAGGACUUGGAAUUGCAUCUCAGGAAGUACAGUGGGGCCUGUUAGAGGAUCUUUGAAUUAAUUUUAUUUUAUUUUAAUUAAUAAGUAAUUAUUGUGUGUAUUUAGGGAGUUAUGAUCCAUGCAUGCAUUGUACAAAAUGAAAUCAAGAUAACUAGUUUCCUUGUGUGAGAACAUAUGGAUUCUAUUCUAACAGCAGCUUUGAAAUUUACGUUAUUACUAACUAGUUCCUAUGCUGUGUAGUGGGUCACUAAGUCUUGCUCCUCCUGCCUAGCUGGAUGUUCAUACCCACUAACUAACAUCUGCCUUUUUUAUUUUAAGCAAGAAGGGAGAGGGGUCUCGUUUACAUGUUAAAAGAUUGUGUUGACCACUGUGUGUAGAAUGAAUUAGUUAAAUAUAGACUCGAACCAAGGACCAGUAGAUUGUCCAGUUUUGCAGAAAUCCAGGUGAGAACAGGUCAUGAUUAGCACUGUAGUAGUGGCCCUCACCUGACCCGGGAUGGGUCUGUUUACAAUUAGUCAAAAACACAUGGAAACGGAUCCAACGUGGAGGAAGAAGGAGACUCCAAAGUGAGUCCAGGGCCUGUCCUGAGACACACGACGCUGGAGGAACCUACAACCAGGAGGAUGAGGCAGAGGGUUGACCUGGAAAGGAGGUCAGUUGUGGGUUGGCAUGCUCGAGCAAGAUGCCGGCGUGUGGAGCUCCAGGAAGGAGUCUGCACUGAAAACAGAAAUUGGAGCCAGCAGAGUGGAGGUGUCAGUACGCUGUAGGAGUGGUGCAGACUCAGCCAUCCAGCAUUCCGGGGCCUUACAUCAGAUUCUGUUUUAUGUAAAAUAAGAGAACCAGAGGUGCAGACUCCGAGGGUCCUCGUUCACUGAGACUCAGGUUAGCCAGUGUACUGAGACACCAGUGUGAGUCUCUUCUGCUGAAACUGCAUUCAGAUGAGUAUCUAAAGAGGCCUGAGAGAGUCAAGAACACGUGCUGUGUAAGAGACCUCAGAACGACAUGGAGGAACCCAGCACUGCUUUUGCCAACUUUGAGCCAGCCUACCAGAGUGCCUCAGAAGAUGAGUCCAGCCAUCUGUGUAAGUUCUCAUCCAAACUCUGUCCUCUCCUACCUGUCUAAUCAUAGGUAAAUGGAGCAUCCUCACAGACAAUAAGCUCUCUCUGCUAAGAAAUGCAAACAAAAAUAGCUAGCUCACCCAAUUGCUGUGAGGAUUAAAAGAGAUAUUUUUUGCAAAGUGAUUAUUAGCACGGAUCUCAAUAAGUGCUAGAUAAUAAGUGGAUCUGCCUCUAAGAACAUACUCUUCCCAGAGAUUAUUGUAAGGAUGAAACAUACAUUUAACAAGUCUGUUCCCGUGAAUCACGCCCUGGGUUUUGGUUAAAAUUCUGCUGUCGUCCCAAGCCAAUGAAAUGAGAGGAGACAGAGUGGUACAUAUGGCUUUAUCACUUCCAAUAAAUUGCUCAGAUACAGGUCAGUUUCUUUGCCAACCAGCAUCACUAUCAAAGGGGUACCAGUAUCGAAAGACAGCUUUUCAUGGCGAACAAUUCCCAGGGGCAGCACAGAAGCAUCUGUUUGCACCCUAUGCAUUUGGGCCUUUUCAGUGAUUUCAUUUGAUCAGAACGUGUAGCUAGUUGCAAAGUUCCAAGUCUCAGAUGAGUUCUGCCUAAGGACACAAGGCAGACAUUUUGCAGGAGACAGGGUCCUCACAGUGUUGCUGUGGAUCCAGGAGCAUCUCCGUCCUCCCUCCCUCCAAGCCGCUCCAUCUGUGCCCUCGCUACUGUUACUCAGGGCACCUCCUGUUUGGGUGUUCUGCUGAGAAAUGCCCGUGGUCAUUACCCAAAUCUUUUUCUACUAAGUAUCUCCUACGUGACCGGCACUGUUUUGGUUCAAAAUGGAGAAAGCAAAAUACUUUUUCCUGUUUUUUUUUUUUUUUAAUUCUUCAAAUAUGAUGUAACUGGAGAACAAAACCAGAAUAUUUAUGAUUUAACACGCAUUUAAGCACUUUCUUUCCCUCUCAUUUCCAUAAUAUCUGUCGUACAUUUUGAAUCUCCUUAUGCUUUCUUUUUUUUUUUUUUUUUUUUAAUACUUGGGAGAAAUAUGCUGUGUCAUACAGAAUUCAGUGCUCUUAGAACAUCUGUCCAAUAGAACAUUUUUGAAAUUAAGGGAAUGUUUUAGAUGUACUCUGUUUAAUUCGGUAUUCACUGGCUGCUUAUAACUAUGAAGUACUCGAAAUGUGCUUAAAGUGAAUGAGGAACUGGGUUUGUUAUUUAACUUUAAUUAAUUUAAAUUUAAACAAGAGGCUACCAGCUAUUGUACUGAACAGCACAGAUCUGCCUCCCUGAAAGAGAUGAUUGUGGAGUCCAAGAAUUCAGGAAAGAAGUAGAAAUUCUGCCCGAGCUUAGAAAUAUGGAGGAACCUGAAGGACACUGAGGUAAAGACAGGAGGAGCCAAGGCUGAGAGGGAGGGAAGUGUGUGGUUUAUGAAAGUCACAGAGGGAAAGGAAUUCAGAGAAAUAGGAAACUGUGAGAAAUUAUUCAGAAAGGAAUUUCUAGCAUCUAGACCAUCUUUUGGUUCCACAAACUCGCUAUGAAUGUUUUACCCCCAUCAAGCCUCCUGUUACUUGGCAAAGGGGUUGCACAGUCGUGAUGUUUCUGUGAUUUUAUAAACCAGUGAUUUCCGUGGAGUUGUACCAUACAACAUGGAAGCUGUUCCUUGUAAUGUUCAAUAGCAACUCUAUGGGAAUUGAAGCGAAUUCAAAGAAGCAAUUCCUUAGCGGAGGUGGAAGGAAUGUGCAGGCCUGUAUAGGCAUGGAGGGGCUGGAGAGAGAUGGGGGGAAGAGGGAAACCCUUUUAUAAGAGUUCUAAAAACUAGUAACUUAUUUUGGGCUGCUGUAAUGGAACACCGUAGAUUCGCUGGCUUACCAGCCAACCAGAGUGUUUUCUCACAGUUCUGGAGGGUUAGAAUCCGAGAGCAGAGCACCAGCAGAGCUGAUUCCCAGGAAGUACUCAAUUCCUGGUUUUCAGGCAGCUGACUUCCUGCUUCUAUGAAGCCACUCAACCCACUGCGAGUUUUCCACCCUCUUGACCUGUGACCUCCUGAAGCCCAAAUACUAAUACAUUGGUGAUUAGGGUUUCAAUAUGCAGGUUUUUCAGGAACACAGUCAUUAAUUUCAUAGAAAAUAAUAAAAUGAAAACUGUUUAAAUAUCUAAUUUUUUGGCUAAAUUAUAACAAAAUCAUGCAAUGGGAUGUGAUAUAGCAUUGAAAUUACAUGAAAUAAUAGAAAAUCUUCAGUAGAUAUUAAGAGAAAACAGUAUGACAACAUCAUACACAGGAAGAUCAAUGUAUUAUUUUAAAUAGUAAUAUUUAGAAAAAUGGAAGUGUGCAUUAUUCUAACACAAUACUGAGAAAAUACAGUAGGAUCGUGAUAGAAUCUCUGCAUGAGGCUUUAAGGGUGAUUUUUUAGUUUCUUAGUAUUCAUCUGAACUUUUUAGAUUUUCUAAAGCAGCAUAAUGAAUGCAUUUUUAUAAUCUGGAGCAUGGUUUCUGUUGUUUUGUUGUCUUAUCUGCAGAGGUAUAUUCAGAAAGGCAAAUAGGUGACCGAAUUCUUUCUCAUCUGCCACUCACCAGCUUUCCAGUCAAAGUCUCAUUGUGUACCCAUUUCAGCCAUGAGCAGGCACCAGAGCACCAUCUCCUAGUGCAUUAGACAUGGGAUAAGUCAAUAAAACACUCUUCUUUUAAAAUAUUCCACUGAGAACCCUGAGGCCCUGGAGAAUGGCCUGAUUCCCUAUUGAUCUUUUUAUUGCCUCAAUUAUUUCCUCAAUCACACUUAGUUAAUUUAGAUCCCCACCAACCACCUCCCCCACUGUCUGUUCCAUUUGGUCUCUGUUAAAUAUGAAUCUUUGGUGGCACUUCCAUUACUAAAUUGACAGUUGCAUAAUGCUUUAUUGGCAUCUGUAAGAAUGGAGCAUAUUUCUUAGGAACCAUGGAGAUGAUAAUCAUUUUUUUUUCUGAGCCAGCUAAGCAUAGCCAGUGUUUUGUGCUCUUGUAAUCUUAAUCUUAAAAACAGCAAUCCAUCUGUUUCACUGUUUCAUUCUUUCCUAAUAGAAGAACAUUUCCCCCACUGUCUCACUGAUCUACAGUCAUCCGAGCCCAAUGGACUCUUGUAAACGGAAUUAACUCCAGUGAUUUGAUGACUUUUCAUAUUAGUUAUCGUUUCAAUAUAGCUACUCACUCUACUAGGCUUGCUUUUCUAACCCCCAGCUGCAACCCAAUUACUGGUUCUUGGAUGACUGCAUCAGCAGCAUUACUGCAGUGCUUGCUUGUAGUAGAUAUUAAUAAUAAUAAGCAGUUUGUAAGUGUUCAUGGUGUUAAAUGCAUAUAAGGAUUACUGUUGAUAAGCCUAAUUGUGAUCAUCGUCUUGCCACUGGCUAAGUUUGGAUUCUGGUGGUUGCAACUCACAGAAGCUUCAGUAAAGCAAUGAGGCUUGGUCAGAUAGUCCCAGACACAUACAGGAGGAUCUCUGAAAUACUCAGGGACAAGACAGCAGCAUGAAGAAUUAAAACCAAACUGUAAAACCAGCCCGGCUAGUCUGAUUUCUCUCGUUUCUGCUUUUCACUCGUGUUUCUUUUUCUUUCUUUAAAUAUGAUUCUGUGCCCCCUACCUCCGGGGCUCACUUUACAGAAAAACAAAUGACUUUCCUACUCCUUGCAGGUUUUCAUGGCCAUCACUAGAACCUUAGCACUCACAAGUACUCCCUUAACCUCUCAACUUCCUGUUCCCAAUUGUGUUUUGCUCUCCCAUCUCAAUUGCAUAUUCCUGGGUGUCUGAUUGGUCCAUCUUUAUCCAAUCAGCAGCAGUCAGAGACAGGGCCAGACUGUGUCUCCCUCACCUUCUGGAAACAACCGCUGUACCCUGUGAACAGAUACGAUACGUUAGAAGGUGCUGACCGUAGUUAUGCAGUUGAUGCUUUUGUUAUAGUUAAUAAAGUACAGAGAUAUGUUUGCUAAAUUCACCAUCUCUUUUGAAUUACUAUUUAAAGGAAAAUCAUAUAGUGCCUACACAGGUGGAGCCAUGAAAAAAAUGCAUUUUUAAUGUUUAUGUCCCCCAUGGCAAGAAAGAACAAUUUUUGUGUCCCUAAGAGGUUGUCACAGAAAUAGGCCAGGGAGAGAAUGGGGUGUGAUCAAAGGAUAUGAAGUAACACAUCAGAAGUAGGAAGAAAAGAACUAGUAAUGACACCAAACAGAAGUAAAAUAGUGAUGCAUUAGGUCUAAAAGGUGGUCAGGUUUCCUGCUGUGAAUGUGUCUGUGUAGAUUCCACAGUUAUUAAGAAUCUAUGCUGUGUUCCAGACACUGUUCUGUACAUAUUUUAUAAUGCUUGAAUCCUGGAAAUAAAGUCUAUUUUGAGGCAGCCAGAAUACAACAAGCCUUUGCAAGUGGGUCAUACUACAUUGGAUGCCCAAACAAAGGCAUAUGUGUAUUUACACAUCUAGUAGAUAUUUGUUAGACACUUGCUAAGCUGCAAGGAAACCCUCGACCCUGCAGUUACCAGACAGACCUUUGACUGAAUCUCUGUGUUGAUUAAGAUCUGGAGUGGUAUGUACUUAAUACACCUCUGGAAUACCUCUUUGUGUUCUUUAGUUUGUUUAAUUUUCAAAGCAUAGAAAAUUCAAGUAGGUUCAUCUCUGAUUCCCAUUUUGUAAAGAGACAAGCAAGACUUGGAGAGUCUAGGUCAAGGCCAUCGUCAAGGCCACACAGUCAGGGAUUGAUUGGAGGAGCAAGAGUUUGAUCCAAGGUCUGUCUGACCACAGAUCCUUAGGUUUUCUUUCUUUCACGUUUGAGCUGUGAGUUGUUCAGUCUGCUGUAUUCAUUUCCUGGAGCAUUAUGUGAAGUGCAGCCCCGAGCUCUUCUGCAGGUUAAUGGUGACAAAGACCUGAGAAUGGUUAAACCACAGUGUGGUUAGUACAGUACUUGUGGCAGUUUGCAAAGAGGCUCCAUCCCUUGCAGCUGUGGGGCAGGGAGCGAGUUCUUCCUCCGCUGGGCCUCACUGACCUCCUCAGGACAGAGAAAGGAGCAAACAGACUUGCCUUCUAGGAACUUCUGGGGAGCAAGAGAGAUGAUACAUGUAAAAGUGCCAGGAUGGUGGCCAGAACAUCACACCCUGUGCUCUGAGGAAUAUUUUUCACACCAGCUGUACACGCUCUGGAAAAUCCCCCACUGUCCCUGGUCUUCCACAUGACAACAUGACACUGCUGACUCUUCAGAUAUCUCAGUGAAGAAUUGUUCAGGUGUCUAGAAUGUUCCUCGACUAGAGAUAGCUGAGAACGGAUACAGAAAAAGUGUUAAGAUGUAUUAAAAAUUGGCUUUUUUUUUCCUGGUGGCAGUUUGUCAUUUUUCAAUUUGGCAUCAUUCCUUGUUCUUCUCUCAAACACGUAGAUCUGUAUGCAGCUUGAUUCAGCGGGGAUUUUCUUGGGAGGUGCGCCUCUUCAAGUGUGUGGAUAAAAUUGCCAGGUUUAAUUGAAGGCUGUUUAGUCUUGCUCUAUUUACAGUCAAAAGCUGAUCAUUUGCGCUUUUGGCCUCUGUCCUAGACUCCCACAAACGUAACGGUGCCUCCUGGCCUGUGACGGUCUGUGUUUACUCCCUGGAGUUGGCCGCUGGAUUUCAGUGGCCUUCCAUGCCAGGACUUCCUUAGGCUGGGAGCCAGCUCCCCCAGGCGCUGUUGCAAUCCUCACAUCCCCUUUGUCUGUCCAGCCCAGGCCACAGUCUUGAAGGCACAAGAAUCUGUGAUAUGUGCCUUCCCUCAUUUGAGCAAAGGAGUACAAUUAUUUAUACUAGAAAGAACUACAUUGACUUUCAAAAAAUUAAAAAGCAUAGUUGUGGCACUUGCCGUGUGCUGAGCACUGUUUUCAUUUUAUAACUAAGGAAAAUAAGGCAGGCCGAGCUUCGGAAACUUGUCACACAGGGUCACCUCACUGACAGAGAUGCAAAACGAACUCAGGCAGUUCAAGCCAGUCGGAAGUUCUCCACCGCUUUGCCUCUCCCAGAGGCUACCGUAGCAACCUCCAUAAUUUAAUGGGUGAAUUUUCACGUAAAGAGCGCCUGAUACACAGUGAGAGUAUGGAAGUGCUAGCUGUUAUCAUUAGUAUAUUGAUUCCAUGGUGAAAGCUUAGGCCAUGAAAGUAAAGGACUUUCAUACAGAGUCCAGGGUUCCCCAAGCUGUUUUCUUUCUUUUUUUUUUUUUUUUUUAUUUAAGAGGAAAAAGAGAAAAACACAAAACAAAGCAGUGUAAGGUUACACAUAAUACAGAACUACAAAAAAAAAACAUAACAGUAAGAAAUCACCUGUUAAUAGAUUACAUAUUAUCAUCUUGGAAAUAGUUGCUCAAAUCACAGUAUCAAAGAAUACAAAGUAGACAUUCAAACAGAGAGACUGCAAACAGCUGUGUUCAAUGAUCCAAAAACAUUAAUAUAGUCAGCUAUUUAACAUCCCUAAACACACUUUUUCUGUAGAAUAUCAGUAUCCAACAAGAUGUAAUAAAGACUCUAUACUUAAAAAUAAAAAAUGAUCAUGAUCAAAUAGGCUGGAAAAUAUUGGUUAAAAACAUACAAGUCUUAAGCAUGGUGGUGCAUGCCUGUAACCCCAGCACUCAAGAGGCUUAGGCAGAGGAUUGCUUGAGGUUGAGGCCAACCUAGGCUAUGUAGCGAGUUCAAGACCAGUCUAAACUGCACAGUAAGACCCUGUCUCAAAAUAACAAAAAAAAGUCUUUUAUGUUGUACUACUACUGGCAUAUCUUUAGUAAUGUGCUUUUUUUGGUCUCCAAAAGGCGGCCAUUGUAUCCAGGGUCUGCCCACUUUUCCCCUAUACUUUGUACAUAUAGACAACCAUGGGGCCUGAAGUGGUUUUCCUUGAAAGGUCUUUCUUACAAGGUUAGUUCUUGGCUAGUAUCCGAAAUGGGUUUCAGGAGGAUUCCUACCAUUUCCUGACCAGAACAGCUCACCGCACCUAAACUGUGUCAAGGGGCACCUGCUUUCUGUGAGAGUUGUGGGCCAUGCCAGGCAGUGGAGCUAAAAUGGCUGACACGGGGCUCUCAGGACCUAGUGAGCUUCCCAUGGACCCUUCACACACAUUGUCAAACUCCCUGUUGAUGAGUUAAAUACAUCCUUUGUCACUCCACUUGGAAGCCUGAGCAUUGGUUCCACUGAAUGCUGCCCUCAGUUCCUUUCUUUUGCUAAUUUCGCUUUCUGUCCUUUCCCUGGAAUAAAUGUUAGCCUGAGUAUAUGCCAGUCCUUUAAGUCCUUCUCGUGAGCCGCCAGUCCUGGAGGUGUCCUUACCCAGGCACUCCCUUUCAUCGCCAGGCCUUGAACUCCUCAUGGAUCACUGGGCUUCUCCAUCAUACAACAUGGGCCAUGAUGAGCUGUCCAGCCCCACAGGAACAGGCAGGGAUGACCCCACACCGUGACUCUGGGCUUUUCCUGAAAAAUGUUGGAGUUCUUCAGGCCUAUCUAGGGGAUUAUCAAUACUUUUCUUCCCAGAUGGGACACAUGGGUGAAACAGACCACAGCAGACUGGUCCAGCCUUAUCUUUUAGAAUAAUUGGGUAGGAAGGAUAGGAAUGGGGCCAGUGAUCACAAGUUACAGCCACCACCUAUGUUCUCCCAGUUUUAGAUUUAACUGUUUAGCCCAGGUUAUAUUAUUAAUGUAAAGUUAUAUAUGCAUAAUGCUUACCUGAGCGUAUUACAAUAAUCUGCUUUAGUGGUUUUUUAAAAAUAUAUAGCUGAUUAGAAAACUCUACCGAAGGAACUCUGGGCCUUUCUGAGGCUCACGCCUGCAGCUGUGACAUCCUCCAGCAGCCGUGAUUUCUCCCCGAGUUCAUUUGGCAGCAGCUGCUUCAAGGGUCUCCUGAGAGCAGGUGGGCUGCUCUGGAGCAUGAAAAGCCAAACGGGAAGGGCAAUUGGCCCCAGCGUGUGUUCCUCCCAGGCCCUUUCUGGUAUUACUCCUCUCCACAUUCUUCAUGGCUCGCUUGGCCUCCUUGUUUUGUUUUUCUGCAGCUGCCAAAAGUUCUAUUUGCAUAUCCUCUGCCCUGGGUGGAGCACUGUUUCCUGUGAUCCGGUCUGCUCCAUUUUGUUUGCCUCCAUUGUCUGUCUAGACGCUGGCCUUGUUUUCCUUUGACCUUGUUCUCAUUGCCUUUGUUGAUCUGGUGCUAGAUGAUAGAGUCUUGCACCAGGAACCACCAGUUAUUAGUUGAUUAACGGGCUCCUUGCUCGGCUGACUGCGGAAUAGAUGAUUCUCUAAGCAGGUCAUCUACCUCACUGUCUGCAUAUCCCAAGGCUCCUCUGCAUCCUUCCUCAUGUGUGUGUUUCUUCUAUAUAAUGGCUGUUUUUAACUUCUCCAAGUCCCUGCUCAGGGUCUGGCUGGUCUUUUGUGUAACCCUGGGCCCUUCCUGGACCAUGGACCCCCACCAGUAUCUCUAUCUGCAGUAGGUACCUUACCACAUACCAUUUUAUUUGCUUACACACCCAACACACAGUGAUUGAGCUCCUUUAAGAGCCAUUCAACACACUAGCAAAGAAGGAUGUGUAAGCAAAGCUCCUGCCCCCAGGAUCUUACUGUCUGGUUGAGCAGCAAGACAUGGUCCCACUAUUCUUGAUCCCAUGCUAGUGCUGGUUUUUCUCACCUCUGAAGUCCUCAAAAGCAGAGAACUCCUCUUAAAUUUUUUUGUACUUACAGAAUGCUAAAUGGUCAUAGUAAAUAAUGGUCAGGAACCCAAGAACAGAUCCAGUUUGUAUCCUGUCUAUGCAGUUUCAUACCAGAUUAGCAUUUAUUCUUUCAUCUGUAAACUGAGGGGGGUCAUGUCUACCUCUGCUGGUGUUCUAAUAACUGAUCUAGAUAAUGGUUAUGAAACGUCUAACUCUAAUCCCGUAAGUAAAUGCUAGUCAUAGUUCGUGCUGAGCCAACUUAUGACAUAAUAGUUCAUGAUUUUUUUUUUCCUGGAACUUUGGCCUUAGAGAAACAUUGGGAGAUUUAUCCUGAUGGGCUAGAUCCCAGCAUUGUGCUGUCAAACCUCCCCAUUUGGGCCAACCUGAGCAGGAUGGGAGGGAUUGAAGGAGGGUGCCAUUAUGAAUCAGAAAGGCAUCGAAGCAUGCAAAGACCUGCCAGGCUUGCUCUGCACAAGGAAGUGGAUUUCCACAUCCAUUUUUGGCAAGAAGGUUUCUGUCCCUCACUUGCUUCAUUUGCUGGCAGUUACUAGAUAUAGAGCAGAGGUGGAUAGGAAGGAGAGAAUCUCUAUAUAGCACUCGUGUACUGUGUGCUGGGUGCCGUGUACGGAUAGAGCCUCCCUCUUGAUGAUAUCCCUGCCAAGGAGAUGUUCUUAUUCCUACUUUACCGACUGGAAAUCUUAGAGGGUUAAGUGGAACCCAUUGUGAACCCUGCGGUAAAUCAAAUCCUCGAAGGUUCUGGCCCAGUCUGGCCUGAUCUGCCUAUGUUUCCUCUACUGUAGAGCCUACACCCGCACAUCCCAGGAGGCCUGUGGUGCAUAAGGAAACUCACAGCAGUCUUGCAACUCUGUUGUCCUUGUACCCCUCUGGGCCAGGACUAGUGUGAGUCCACUGGGGUGUUCACUCUCAAGCUCUUGUAUGCACAAACGGUUCACUCAAUAAUCCCACUCAGUCCCUCCUGCUGACCGGCCUGGCAUGCGGCUGUUGGAAUUUUGUAGUGAAAACUACACAAAGACCUUGAUCACCAAGAUGACCAGGACAGGCCCCAGAUCAGCUCACAGGCAGUUUGCUAUACUUCCUCCAACUGCCCGUUGCUAUUUCUGGAUGUCUCCUGACCUCAUGAUUUUUCCCUCCAAAUCACAGUGUAGCCAAACAGGCAGGAGGAGUAAGAGACCAACCAGGUCCUCCAUUAAUCCUAGAAAAUAGGUUUCAGCUGGUUCAGUCGGUGGGACGUGGCCAGAUAGAGGAGGAUGGUGAGGUCAAAGCCUAGUGCUGGAGAUUAGCGCCGGGUGAGCAGGUCUGUAUCAGACAGGGGCUAUGGGGAGGGGUACUUGCUAUUGUUGGAACCAAGGGCAACUGUCCUUAUCUUACAGAUGAGGAAACCGAGGCCCUGAGAGCCAUGAUGACUUACUCUACUUCUUCACUUAACUAGCUAAUGGGAAAUGAGGAGUAGAAGCCUUAUUUCCUACUCUUAUCCCUUUUCUCACAUUCAGAAAAAUGUGAGAACCAUGAACUUUCUCCUCUUCACUCUGCUAUUUCCAGUGCCAUCACUAAAUCAUAAAAGGAGGAUCUAUCCAUGCUAUUCCCAUGCCAAGUUUUACUCUUUCUCAAGGUUAUUUUAAAAUUAGUCAAUUCCUCAUUACUGAAAUACCAGAGGUAAUUAACUUACAAAGAGAAAAGGUUCACUCCCAGUGUAGAGAGUCAUGUCCAAGGUGGGGCAGCUCAAUGGCUUGGCUUCAGAAGAUUGCAGCAGGUAGCAGUGACAAGAAUCCAUAUCAGGUGUGUGGACCCAUCACAAGGAAGGAUGCAGAGAAAGAGAAGGUGGGCCAGUGGCACACAAUCCUUUUGGGAACACCCCCCCCCACUCCGUGAUGUAUGGAACUCCCCAAUGCCCCACCUCCCAGAGGUUCCAGCAUCUACAGGAACAUCAUCCUGGUGACUAAACCUUUAACAUAUGCACCUUUGGGGAACACUCUUCCAAGUGGCAGCUCUGUCUUUGUACUUGGGUCUUCAUAAUGUAGUUCAUGGACAGCCCACAUCAGAAUCAUCUUCAGCAUUCAUUCAAAAUGGACAGCCCACAGUUCUGAGUCAGAUGAUUCCAAUGCUGCAGUUUAAAAUCUACUAAUUUGGAUUUGAAAUUUUUCAUAUCAGUGAUUUCUUACUUAGUUGGCAUUCUCUAGAUUUUUCUUUUCUUUAGGACAUGAAAUCAGUACUUCCAUGAUCAUCUUGUAUUGCUGAUUCUCAGUCAGAUUUGAUAAGAAAUUAAAGUCACUGUGCUUCUCAUCAAACUAUGAUUUGAGCAGGAUAGAAAUUUGUGAAAUCUGAGAAAUUCUCGGAAGAGGAAGCAUUCAGUUUGCUUUUGUGGGUCAUGAUAGAGUUAUAAAGAUUCCUCAUUAAUUACUGGUGUGUUUUCAAUAAAAGGUCUCUUGUCAAGGACGGUGAAACACUCUUUAGAUCUUUAUUCUUAGGGUAGCAAAAUAUUUCCAAAUACACAUCAAUGUUUUCCUCCAACUUCUUCAAAAGAAUCAGUUUGAUACUGAAAUCAGAAGAUGGAUUCUGGUGAGUGUGAGUAGUAUUUCUAGGUGUAUAUCUGACACACACAGGGCUUCAGAAAACUUGCAUUCCUUGCCAACAUGAAAAAUUCAGAAAAUUUUAAUAUUUUAAAAGAUAAACUCUUUCCAUUACUUUAAAAGUUCAAAAUAUUUUCACCUUGGGUCUAUUAUACAGCAUGUUUCUGCCCUCUCAAAUUCAUACAUUGAAACACUAACCCCAUUGUAAUGGCAUCCAGAGGAUGGAACCACUCUGAGAUAGGAUUAGUGCCCUAAAAAAGGAACCCCAGAGAUCUCUGUUAUUUUCUUUCUGCCAGUUACAAAAGAAGUUAGUAGUCAACAGUACUGGAAACUAGCCUUCAGAAGGUGAGAAAUUAAUUUCUGUUGGGUAAGCCACCCAGUUUAUGACAUUUUGUUGUAGCAAACAGAUUAAAACAGGGCCACAGUACAGCAGUCCAGUAGGUUCUCUGUUUAAAGACAUUAAAGAUGCUUGUAAAUUCUUUGACACCCCACCUAUUGAGAUGUAGACCUAGGGAGCUCUCCCCUUGAGUCUGGAAAGGCUUAAUAACUUCUCUGAUCGGUAAAAUACAGUAGAGUUGAGGUUCACUCAGGCCCAGAGACUACAACCUAAGAAGCCAGAAGUGUAUGAUUGCUCUCUGUUGGGACACUCAGACUGCCUGAGCCCACUAUGCUUUGAAAAGGCCAAGCUGCAGAAAGUGACCCGAGAGGAAGAGACAGGAAACUCAGAAAGAGAGAAAGUAGAAAGAUGAAGGAACACCCUGGUGCCAGACCCAGGAAUAAAGAUGCCAUUUUGGAAAUGAAUCCUCCAUCCCUGUGAGGAGUGGGCACCUGGCUUACAGAAGGGCACCGGCCCUUCACAAGUACAUAAGCCACAGAAGUGUGACCAAAAUGACAUGAUUGUUCUAUUAAAUUUGAAAUCAGUAUAUCAAAUAAAAGACACUCAUAUUAAUUUCCUCUGUUUUGAGCCUUGUCUUAUGCCAGCCUUAUUUAAAUUGCUUUACAUCUGAGCUCCUAAAAUAAUUUGAGUUCAUAAUCUUUAUCUAAGCCAUGGUCUUGAGAUCCUUGAUUUAUGUCAAGUUUUGGAAAUAUUAAAAUAAAAAUAUAUGGGGCUGAGAGUUUAGCUCAGUCGCAUAUGUGCCUGCCUGGCAAGCACAAGGUCAUGAGCUUGAUCCCCAGCACCAAAAUAAAUAAAUAAAUAUGCUUAUAUAUAUGCAUGUAUAAUGUGAUCAAAAACUAUGGCGAAUGUUUUAAAUUUAUAUAGUACAAGCAAAAUAUUGCCAUUAAUCCUUCUCAAAGAUACUUUCUUCACUUCAAACAUACUUACCCCAUUGUUCUUGGCACUUUCUAAGCAGCUUGGGAAAUCCUGUUUCAUGACCAUCUUUAGUUAUACUGUCAUGGCCGCCUUGGUGUCCCAAAUUAAUUCAAAACAUUUACUAUCCGUUGUCAUUUUGACUUUGAACCAGUGCCACAUCUAGUGAAUCAGGAGGUUGAGGACACACCAUAAUGUCCUUACAAGCUUGCCUUUCAGGUGGAUGGCACUCAGCAGCAACAUUCACUGUAAGAACGCUCAUGAAAGAACCCCAGAGCUGCUUCAGAAAGUGUUGGAAAGACGGGAUAAGUGUGGUCAAAGUGAGGCUGAGUGUUUAGAGGAGGGUUAAUGGUGCCAUGUCUUGUACUAUAAUUAAUUUUUUGAAAGUAUUUGUGUGUGUAGGAGUACGCGGGUUCUUUAUCUGUGGAUUCAGCCAAAAGAAAAUUGCAUCUGUACUAAAAGUGUACAAACUUUUUUCUUUUCAAUUUUCCCUAAACAGGGCAAUACAACAACAAUUUGAAUGAAUUACGUUGUAUUAGGCAUUAUAAAUAAUCUAAAGAUGAUUUAAAAUAUGUGAGCUGGUGGGUACAGGCUGUAUGCAAAUAUCCCAUGAUUUUAUAUAAGGGACUUGGGCAUCCUAAUUUUGAGAUCCAUGGUUGAUUCUGGAACCAAC